AUGGAGGUGAGGUUCCCCCUUAUCCUCUCUUUCUCUUCACCGCAGGCAGCCCCUGACCCCCUUGGAUUCGAUUUGGCAGGCCGUGUGCAGGCGGGGAAGGACAGCAUGGCGCGCCUGGUGCGCGAGCUCGAGGGCGCCGGCCUGCUCGUCGAGCCCGUCCGCGGCAUCCCCGCCGAGUUCAUCAAGCUGUCCGCGCCCAUGGGGAUUCUGGGCAUAGCCGCUUCUGAGAUGCAGAUGAAGAAGCUUAACUACAUCAGUAACUCAACUAAUGCACCAAGUGUUUGA